ACCGGACGAACGACGGUUCUUUCGCCCGUGGGCACGCGAACGGAUUCAGUGUCACGAGAGUUGAGGUAGAAAACAAAUCCAGGGCAAAUAAUAAAUAACGCACGGUCCUGCCACGUCACGGAAUCAUCCAUUGGGGGACGGAAAGCAAAUCGGAAGGAAAAGUGUCACAAGCAGCCACAGAUCGGUGGGGAGAAAUUCGUAAAGGCUGGAAAAAGUUUUCGCAAAAAAAAAAGUUAAAUAUGCUUGGCUGCCAUUUGUUAAUGAUAUGCUGAUGUGCUCAACGGUGGAGGAUUAUUUCAGGGCCGAAGGAACACGUCGUCGCUGUGCUUUGAUGAGAUACACGGAUGUUGUUUGUGCAGGAAUUACGGUGUAUGUUAUUCAGUGAAAAGUUAAAGGAGUAAUUCGGAAGUACGGUUGGGAUAUAUGCGUGUUACAAAUUGGGCACAAAAGCCGUGUGGGUGUAUUAACGCUUCGGUUGAUAAGUGAGAUAAACAAAUUAAAGGAAAGCUCGAAUAAGGAAAAUCAUGGAGAAGUUGUGUAUAUUGGUAAUAAUUGCGACGACGUAUUUCUGCGCUGCAUCGGCGGCGAGAGGCGAGAACAUUGAUAUCCACGUGAACGUGGACAACGAGUCGAAAGCUUACCACCAGUUCAAAGCCCGCGGAUCAGCUUUCAAUUACGGCUACAACGUUGCCAAGAAACGUUUCAAUCAAUUCCAGCACAAAGUGCGGGGACCGGAUGAUGUCACGUACGGUUGCUACGGUUUUGUGGAUCCAACCAAUGGUACGCAUCUGUACCACUAUGUGUCCGACCUGAACGGCUAUCGGGUGGUGGCGUUCAACAGGACAACCAAGAUCUACCGCCAGCGGGUGAAGGAUAGCGUAAAACAGCUUCUAGAGUCGGUCGAAGAGAACGUUCCGUGGGAUCAACUCUACUUCCCGGACGUUUGCCGAGUGCUGUAUCUAAGCCAACAAGAAACCAACACAUUCUCCCUUCCUGAUGGUUACAUUGUUAAAGAGGAAGGAUCUCAGAUUUCUGCGAACACAGAUAAAGACCUUCCCAGGAUAGCACCCACAACUUCCAGCAAGUCUCCCUUGCUAGUUAGAACGUCAUCUACGACGACCACUCCACGAACUACAACAACCCCUCGAGGUACAACCACCGUUCACACAAGACUGCGUCCAGUUACAACCGAAAGUAUUAAGCUAAAUAUUCCAGAUAAUUUAGUUUCCAUCGAAGCACGUUCGACUCCCGUUCGAGCCACUCCAACGCCAUCGAGAACUGUUCGUGUUACACCGGCACCAACUCCCGUUCCGAAGCUUUUUAACAAUAAUGAUGAUGAUAGCGGUAGUUAUGGAAAAUUCCUUUCAAAGAUAGUCGAGAAACCGAUUGAGAUUGGAGUGAAGCCUAGACCCGUCCUCUCAACACGUCGACCAGUGGACAACUCGAUUCUCAAUCUAGCGACAACACAAACCGAAGUUGUGAUUCCAAAUGACAACUCUAGUCCGGUGGAUCUGAACACCAUUAGUCAGGACGUACGGGAUGUCAAGGCCACUCUGAAAAAACUCAUCAGUCAUCUUCUCUCGAGGAACGGAAACUGUAACGUUCCUGCUGGAUACGGACCCAUUCAGACUGGUGUUGUGGGAGUUCAAUCUCCGGAUCUUAACCUGCAAUUUGACAUUGCAUCUCGGCCAGGUGCUGUUCCGGUACCACAAAGGACGGCUGCCGUCGUCCCUACCCGUCCGGUUCGAACAAACUCAGUGGCUGCCUAUUUGCCCCUUGUGCUGCAUGAUUUUGUUCCUGGAGUGGCACAACCCAGUGUUGGAUCGAUUCCAACGGCGAGCGACCUCCAGCACCCGUUGGGGGCCAUCAAGCUAGCUUUACCUGCGUAUCCUGCCUAUCAGGCACCCCAAUGCCCGGUGUGUAGAGGCGGCCUAGACAAAAAGUGAUA